AGUCUCCUUUCUACGAUGCCUACAAAAAGCUUGACAACAGGAUGCUACAUGUCAAAGAAGCCUCCAGCACUAAAUGUUACCAAUGGAACAUCCUUUUUUAAGGUACUUCUGUAGCCCCCCAUCACUGGAGUCUGAGCACCUCCCAAGAAUUUAAAACAGAGAUAGCAACAUCUGCAUCUGUCUCCUCCUUUCCCCUAGUUAGAAAUCUAAAUUGAUUAGCUUAUGGCAUUUUAAAUAUGAUUCCACACUUUUUGUAGCAUGUAGUUCCAGUUCUGUUGAGAUCCCCACAUCUAGGAGCAGCAAGAGACUCCCAAUGAUAGGUGUAAAUACAGUUUGGUGACCAGGAGAAGUCUCCAUUGGCUCCAGGAACAUUGAUCAGAUCCAUGAGCUUUUGGGAAAUGCACUUACCACUCAGGAGAAGGCUUCAGAGGAACUGGGUUCUUUUCCUGCUGGCCGUGGUGUUGGCUUUUUCCAUCUAUCAGCUUCUCUGUGGCCCUAAAAUUCAUUCAGCACAUUGGACAGCAUCUCAGCCUGAGGACCAAGUGAAAGUGACCACCAGGGACCUUUCCAGCAACAAAGUCGCUGCAUCGGGCAAUGGAACAACAGCAUCCAAGAUAAGGCAUUGUGUGUAUGUGGACCCUACGUCAGCCAUGCCCAUCACAUCAUCAGUGAAUGCAACCCCACCCCUAGGAAGUGUCAAUCUGACCCACUCGGAUGAAGAGGAAAGUUACCCAACACCCUCCUCCCAUGGAGAAUACCCUCAAGACCUUUUUAGCUUGGAGCAGCGCAGGAAAGGGUGGGUCAUACUUCACAUCUUUGGCAUGAUGUAUGUGUUUGUGGCCUUGGCCAUAGUGUGUGAUGAAUAUUUUGUCCCCGCCUUGGAUGUAAUCACGGAGAAGUUGCAGAUCUCCGAUGAUGUGGCAGGGGCCACCUUCAUGGCAGCAGGCGGAUCAGCACCAGAACUCUUCACCUCUCUCAUAGGCGUCUUCAUCUCACACAGCAACGUGGGCAUUGGCACCAUUGUAGGCUCAGCGGUGUUUAAUAUUCUUUUUGUCAUUGGCACCUGUGCCCUUUUCUCGAGGGAAAUACUCCACCUGACCUGGUGGCCCUUGUUUAGAGACGUCUCAUUCUACAUUCUAGACUUACUGAUGCUCAUCCUGUUUUUCUUAGACAGCUUCAUUGUUUGGUGGGAAAGCAUCCUUUUGUUGAGUGCCUACGCCCUCUAUGUGCUCACCAUGAAAUGGAACGUUCACUUAGAACAAUGGGUGAAGGAACAGGUGAACAAGACAAGAAAUACCGUGAAGGCGGCCACUUCUGAAGACACAAAGAAGCAAGGCAAUGGGUCAGUUGCAAGGGAUGGAGCAAAGCACUCAGAUGACAACAAGAGACUGGAGCUCAUGCCAUCCUUACAGCGAGGAGGCAGCUCCGCUUCUCUGCACAACAGCCACAUGCGCACCACCAUCUUCCAGCUCAUGAUCCACACCCUGGACCCCCUGGCCGAAGCAAAGUUUAAAGACAAGCGUGACAUCAUGAGCAACUUGGCCACGGGCAAACUAGGCUCUCAGGUCAGACAAGGAGUGAAACAAGAAGCAGAGAACAAAGCGGAAGCAGAAUUAGCAACCACUGUUCAAGUAACGCCUGCCAGCGACUCCAACCUCAGCGUGGAGGAGGAUGAACACAGUGUGGACACACUGCCUGGCGGGCAGCUCUCUCCGGCUAGAGAAGGCAGUAGCUCUGAGGAGGAGGAAAAUUGUGAUGACGAGAGUGAGGAUGAAGAUGAGGAGGAAGAAAAUGAUGAGCCGUUAUCCCUCAAAUGGCCAGAGACCUGGAGAAAACAAGCUAUUUAUCUUUUCCUCCUGCCCAUUGUGUUCCCCCUCUGGCUCACAGUGCCCGAUGUUAGGAACCCAAGGUCUAGAAACUUCUUCGCCAUCACAUUUCUAGGAGCCAUCGUCUGGAUUGCAGCAUUCUCCUACAUCAUGGUGUGGUGGGCACACCAGGUUGGAGAAACCAUUGGGAUUUCAGAAGAAAUUAUGGGUUUAACAAUCCUGGCAGCAGGCACUUCAAUCCCUGAUCUCAUCACAAGCGUUAUUGUUGCACGUAAAGGCCUGGGUGACAUGGCUGUCUCCAGCUCUGUGGGCAGCAACAUCUUUGACAUCACUGUUGGUUUGCCAGUUCCUUGGUUCCUUUAUUCGGUCUGCAAUGGACUCAGCCCAGUUGCAGUCAGUAGUAAUGGUUUGUUUUGUGCAAUUGUUCUGCUUUUUAUCAUGCUCUUGUUUGUGAUCAUCUCAAUUGCCCUAUCUAAAUGGAAAAUGAACAAACUAUUGGGGCUCACCAUGUUUGCUCUUUACUUUGUAUUUUUGAUCAUCAGUGUGAUGCUAGAAGAUAAAAUCAUAUCCUGCCCAAUAUCUGUAUGAGGCUUGGGUGUAACUACCAUUUGGGCAGCACACAAUGAGGUGAUCUCCAUAGACAGUAUGUGUAAAUGAACUUGAAAAUGGGUGGGAGAUAGUUAUGUUUUACUUACUUAAACCAAUUGUAAGCUUACUGAAAAUUGUGAAAACUAAGCUUAGUGAAACUUAAAUUCAAAUAAAGAUUUCUAUUAAUAUAUUUAUAUGCAUUAAUAUAUAUUUAGGCCCCAAUCCUGCAAAGACCCACACAGGUGUUUAAAAGGUUACGCACUGCAAGUAGUCCUAUUGAAGUAAUAAGAUGAAAGACAGAGGCCCUGCCCACGUGUAGUCAUUAAAGAGCCCAGACAAUUUUUGCAGGAGUCAGAGUAUUAUUAGUCUUUUGCAGAAUCACGGUCUAAAUUAUUAAUGAAAGGGCCUGAUCCUAAACCCACUGAAAUCAAUGGAGGUUUGUCAAUGGGUGUGGGAUCAGACCCUGAUGGUGAAAUUCAGCCCUGUGGAGAGAGCCAGUACUCAUUUUCUUACACCCCCAAAAUAGGGGGUAAGUGGGAAGUAAGUGUUGAACAAGCCUUGAAUUGGUCCCUCUAAACAGAGGGGAAUUUCACCCUAAACUCUUGGAGAAAGAGCAAUAAACUGGAUUUCUGUGCUCAGUGGGAAAAGCAUUUACCAGUUACAACGCAAUCCUGAAGGAUAUCCACUCUGCCCCAUUAUAAAUAGGCAUCUAAUUCUCCAAUGUGAUCCCUAAACUCAUGGUGAAGUCCAGGGGGACUCCAUGUGGACCUAAGAGUCCAUUGGUACAGUUUGCGUUGCAGGAUUUGGGGACUAGGAGAGCACACUGCAAACCAGUAAAAGGUAAAGAAAACAGGAAGUGAAGCUGUUCUAAAGAGGAAGCUGAAAUGACCUUAUAUUGCUUUUCAUCUCCUGAAAGUGAUUGUAUUCAACUCCUGUUAGCACUAAUAUGUUUUGCAAAAUUGUGUCACAUGAAGAAAUGCUAAAUAUCAUCCACCAUUAUCAAUUAGACUUUAUGGCUUAAGGUUACCAAUGCCUCAAUUAAACCAGCAAAGUGACGAGAAACUAUAGAUGCUUCUGUCAUUCUUAAACCAUUUAAUAAAAUUUAAAAUGAGCAUAACCAUACUGAGAACUUUAGCUUUGUAUUUACUUGUAAAACUUUGAACUUUUAUUCUUUUGGAUGAGACAAAGUUUAUCAUUGUGAACAGUGACCUAUAUAUUUUAAAUGAAUUACAAAACAAAAUCAACAUCCAACAAACCGAUGUUCUUUUUGGUAAAUAAAAUUUAAACGUUACAUAUUUACAAAUCUACAACCAUUCAUUUAAAAAGUGCUGUUUGCAAACAAAGUACCAUUUUAAAAUCCAGAUGAGAAUAUUAUAUGAAGAAAUACUCCUCUGAAAUUAAAACUUGUACCUUCCAUUUGUUAUACAAAGAUUUUGCAUGCAGAAAUUGUUCCUGUCUUUCUCUGGGGUAGAAAUUAUUUCAUUUGUCCGUGGAAAUUUAAGAAAUCAUUUUAUCAUAACUGUACCAAGAGCAAAACCUAAUGGCAGUGGGCAGUAUUUAAGUCACUGAGAAAAAUUUCCACUUCUAAUAUCACAGGGGUUCUCAAACUGGGGGCUGGGACCCCUCAUGGGGUCACAAGGUUAUUACUUGGGGGAUCGUGAGCUGU